CUCAUUUCUCGAUAUUUCGAUCAAAAUCUGAAAACCAUAUUAAUGAAAUGAAUUCAUCUGGAAAAAUUAAGAAAUUAGAUGAAGUUGUAGUAAAUAGAAUUGCAGCUGGUGAAGUAAUACAGAGACCAGCAAAUGCAUUAAAAGAACUAAUUGAAAACAGUCUUGAUGCAAAAGCAAAUAAUAUACAGAUCAUUGCUAAAGAAGGUGGAUUAAAGUUAUUACAGAUUCAAGACAAUGGAACAGGAAUCAGAAAAGAAGAUAUGGAAAUUGUUUGUGAAAGAUUUACAACUAGUAAAUUACAAACAUUUGAAGAUCUUCAAACAAUAUCAACUUUUGGAUUUCGUGGUGAAGCUUUAGCAAGCAUUAGUCAUAUAUCACUUUUAACAAUAACAACAAAAACAGCAGAUGAAAAAUGUGCUUAUAAGGCAUCAUAUGUUGAUAGUAAAUUAAAAGCACCACUUAAAUCAUGUGCUGGAAAUCAAGGCACUACUAUAGUAAUUGAAAAUUUGUUUUAUAAUGUUGCAACAAGAAGAAAGGCUUUGUCAAAUCCAAAUGAAGAAUUUAAUAGAAUUACAGAUGUAGUUACAAAAUAUGCAAUUCAUAAUGCAGAUGUAGGAUUUGUAUUAAAAAAACAUGGUGAAAUAGCACCUCAGAUUCGUACACCACAUAAUUCAACUAAAAUGAAUAAUAUACGAAUACUCUAUGGUAAUCCUGUAUUUCGUGAAUUAUUAGAAAUAGAAUUUAAAGAUGAUACUUAUAAAUUUAAAAUGCAUGCUUUAAUAACAAAUGCAAAUUAUACAAACAAAAAGAUGACAUUUCUCUUAUUCAUUAAUAACAGAUUAGUAAAAUCUUCUUCUAUUCAAAAAAUGUUAGAAGAACUUUAUACAUUUUAUCUUCCAAAAAAGACUCAUCCAUGGUGUUAUAUAUCUUUAGAAAUUGAAUCACGAAAUAUCGAUGUUAAUAUACAUCCGACGAAACAUGAAGUUAAAUUUCUUCAUGAAAAUUCUAUCAUUGAAAGAAUGAAACUCGCUUUAGAUGAAAAAUUAUCUGCAAAUAGUGCUUCUAGAACAUUUUACUUAAAAACUCGGCUACCAAAAGUAGAUAUUACUAAAGACGUUUUGAAAGAAAUUUUACCAGAAUAUGAAGAAGAUAAUAGUAACAAAAUAAAAAAAAUUCGUCCUCAAGAAAUGAUCAGAACUGAUGCUUCUGAUCAAAAACUGGAUAAAUUUAAUUUUAUGAUUCAUACAGAAAUGAAAUAUGUUAAAAAUGAUGACACUCAUGAAACUCAUUUGAAUACAAAAACUCAAAAUAGUAUUGAAGAAAAUAUUGAUGAAGAAAAUAUAGAUAAAAUACAAUGCUUAACAUCAGAUAUAAUAAAUAUACAACAAAAAGAUAAAUCAACACAUGUUGUAGAUAAUGAAAAAAAUACAGAUAAAAUACAAUGCUUAACACCAAAUCUAAUUGAUAUACAACAAAAAGAUAAAUCAAUGCACAUUACAACAACAGUGGCAACAGAAAAAUCUAAUAGUCCAUGGAGUAAUAUCAUAAAUAAUACAAGUUCAUCUACAUCAGAUUUGCUAACAUCUGAUGAACCUAAUAUAAAUUUAUGUAUUCAGAAUAUUAACAAAAAAGAAGAAGAAAAAUUAAAUAGUAUGCAAGAUAUUUUAGAAAUUACAAAUGAUGAAAUAGAUGAAGAUACAGCAGAUUCUAUAAAAGAUAAAUGUAUCGAUGUUAUUGCAGAUAAAGCUCGUAAACAAGUAUAUAAAUGUUUUGGAAAUAAGAGCACUAAAUCAGAAGAAAAAAAAAUAAUAGAUAAAAAUGAUAUAAGUAAACAAGAAAUAAAAAAUUACGAACCUGAAGAAAAUAAACAACUCAAUGAAAUACAAAAUGUUGAACAAACAUCAAGAGAAAUUAAUAAUGAUAAUGAUAAAAAUAAUGAUAAUAAAUGUUCAUAUGAAUUUAAAUCUUAUUCAAUAAAUAAUUUUAGAAGAGAAGUAAAAUUAACGAGCGUUUUAAAAUUACGAAAAGAAGUAGAAGAUGCAUGCCAUGAAGGUCUGAAACAAAUUUUAUCAGAAUUAACUUUUGUUGGCUGUAUAGAUCAGUCUUCUGCUUUAAUUCAAAGCGGAGUUAAUUUGUAUCUUUGCAAUACACAAAAAUUAGCGGAAGAACAUUUUUAUGAAAUUAUGCUCUAUGAUUUUGCAAAUUAUGCAGUCAUUAAAUUUUCGGAAGCACUUCCUUUAUAUGAUUUAGCUAUGUUAGGAUUAGAUACUAAAGAAGCUGGGUGGACAGAAGAAGAUGGGCCAAAAGAAGAAUUAGCUACUAGUGUUAAAGAAUUAUUAUUGGAAAAGGCAGAUAUGUUAAAAGAAUACUUUUCUAUUGUUAUAGAUAAAAAGGGAAAUUUAAAAUCUUUACCAGUAUUAUUAGAAAAAUAUUUUCCAAGUAUAGAAGGUCUUCCUCUUUAUAUAUUACGUCUAGCUACCGAAGUAGAAUGGUCAACAGAACAACCAUGUUUCCGAAAUAUUUGUAGAGAAACAGCAAAAUAUUAUAGUCAAAUUAGUCCCAUACAUGAUACUCAUGAUUGGAAGUAUAUUACAGAACAUGUUUUAUAUUCUACAAUUAAGGAAAGUUUUCUUCCUCCCAAACAUUUUGCACAUGAUUCAACAAUAUUACAAAUAGCUAGUUUACCUGAAUUAUAUAAAGUUUUUGAAAGAUGUUAAAUUUUUAAGAUAGAAUUGAUUUUUCACAAAAAAAAUUUUCUACUUUAAU